UUAAGCGCGUGAGUCAGCAAAAACGCCGUUGCUUCAUUUCUAAUUUUUUUGGGAGGUCAAAUAUGGGCUGGAAGGUUCCUACAAAGCCGGCUUUGUUUUAUUUUUUUAGAUAUAUAUAGUUGGUGCUAAUUCAACCAUUCUCAGCUCCACCCUGGCUUUGAUAAAAUAAAUCCAGAGCCGGCGGAUUGUCAGGUAGUUGAUUCUCCAGCGUACAAGUAGUGGACACUCAGAGAGAUGGGUAGGAAGUUGGAUGCAUUGAUGGGGAAAGCUUUCAGAUCUUCAAAAUGCAAGACUGCAUUGAAGCUGACAGUUGCUCGUAUCAAAAUACUGAAGAACAAGAGGGAAUUGCAGCGCAAACAGUCGAGGAGAGAUGUGGCAGAGCUUCUUCAGAAGGGCCAGGAAGCCAGUGCUCGCUUAAGGGUGGAACAAAUCUUCAGAGAGCAAAAUAUACUGGAUGCAUACCUUCUUAUUGGAGGAUACUGUGAAACUGUGUCUGAAAGAAUAUUGACUAUUAAGGCGCAAAAGGUGUGUCCAAAUGACUUGAAAGAAUCAAUAGCUAGCUUGAUUUUUGCUGCACCAAGGUGUGCAGAAUUGCCAGAACUGCAAGAUGUUCGCUCUCUUUUUGCUGCAAAAUACGGAAAAGAAUUUGCUGAAUCUGCAGUCGAGUUGCGUCCUGAUUGUGGAGUAAACAAGCGGAUUAUUGAAAAAUUAUCCACAAGAGCACCAAGUACAGAGGUGAAAUUGAGGUUGAUGAAAGAAAUUGCUUCUGAACAUGGUAUUGAAUGGAAUUUUGAAGAAAGUGAGGUAGAGAAUUUGAAGCCAACGGAAGACAUUCUGGAUGGCCCAAGAUCACAUUUUCAAACAAAACAGAUGACCUCUAAACCAGAAGACAGUAUUGAUAAACCAGCUGAAAUAUCGUCUAUCUCAUCAAAAGUGCCAGAUACAAUCAGAAAACAGGCUUCGGGUACUUAUAUGUCUCAGCCUUCUCCUACAACUCCUAAAGUUGAUGUGACUCAUGUGAGCACCAAGGGUGAGGAGGAGUUUCCUUCUAUAAAGCAAGUUUAUGGAGAAUCUGCCAAUGCAGACGUUUACAAUUCAAACUUUUUGCGUGUUAAAAAGGAGUCAGUUGUUAGUCCGGGUUUAGCAACUGAUGUUGAUUCAAACAUGUCUGAAGAUGAUUUCUAUGCCAAAAAAAGAAUGGAGGGUAAGAUGGAUUACAGUGUAAGCACAGAAAAUGCUGCUGCCUAUCAAAACACACCUGGCAACACCCAUCAUGAUUUUGUGAAGUUCACAAAACUUGAUGGGUUGUCUCCAGGCUCAAAACAAGAAAGGAUUAAGUACUUAGAUGUAGCCAGUGCAGCCCAAGCAGCUUUUGAGUCAGCUGCUUAUGCAGCAGCAGCUGCACGGGCAGCUGUUGAACUUGCAAAAGGUGAAGCUGGAAAUAAAAAGUUAAAUCACAGAGCAAAUGAUUCAAGAGAGUCAAUGUCUGAAAGUGAAGAUGGGCUUGAUGAAGCAAUUUUGAGGAAGCCAAAUGAAGUAAAAUAUGCAACGUCUCAUGGAGUUGGGAGUGCUAUUGAAGACACUUUCUCUACAAGAAAUGAUCAAGUAACAUACCUUGAAAGUCCAAGGGCAAGAAAUGUGGGAAAUGAUGUCUUCAGCUCUGGGUCAGGUUUUGAAAGAAUACAUUAUAGUAAGAAAGAAGUUCCUGAUACUGAGAGUGUAGGAGAACUUUCAGAGGAUGAAGCUGCUUGGUCAAGGGGUGAAAGGUCUUAUGUGAAUAAAUCUAAUCAUGAGAACUUAAAUGAGCACAGUGAUGGUCAAGAAGAGUAUGAAUUCAACACUCUCGAGAAUGACAGAAAACCAAAUUUUCAACAGAUGAACAUAGGUGGGAUUGAAUCCCGAUUUGAGAGAUCUACUUCUGGAGGGACGUCAAAUUCAGGUGAACAAUUUUCCUCCAAUAAAGAUGCUCGGCCUGUAUUUGAUGAUUAUGGUGAUGAUGAAGGUGAUUUUGAGAAGAAUACCUUUGAUUUUGAGAAUAACUCUGAAAGAGCCACUUAUCAAAGUACAUUGACACCACCCAGAAGUCUUGAAACUGAGGAUACCCAACUUGGGUAUGCUCGCUACAGAAGUAAUCAGAGACAGACUCAUGACUCUGAUGAGGAUGAUGGAUAUGAAAAGGGUACUGGUAGAAGGGACUAUAAGAAUCAAGAUUCUAUACCUAAAACAUUAAGGCCAAUCAAGCUUUCACAUGAAGAAUCUGUGCCAAGGAAUAAAUAUUCCCUUCAAUUUUAUGACCAUGAAUCUGAGGAUGAGAUGGAGGCUUUAAGAGAUGUCACUGAUGUUAAAUCUCGAGGUAAUAGAGAAGUACCAAUGCUAUCCUCACAACCAAAUGCAAGUUACCAAUCUCCUCAUCGGAUGCCCUUGAAAAAAACCAAUGGAGGCACUGUAUCUGUUGAUCAAUCUAUUUAUCCAGAAGGCACAGAAAACUACAGAAAUUACACCAAUUCUCAAGCUUCAGAUGACGAGGGAGUGUACAGAUAUGAAGGGAAUGGUAAACUAAGUUGGCGCCCUGCUAACGUUUCAGAACAACCGGCUACUGUGGUAAAUCAUAAAUCUCAUCAUGUAAAAACCCGCAUGUCUGUAAGGACUCGUCGAUGAGAAAAGAGCAGAAACAUGAUCAGCCCAAUUCAAUAAGAGCACUGUCACAUCCAUAGCCUAUUGCCUUAGAAAAGAGUGCCAAUAUCAUUUUAAGAAGACUUUUCUAUUUAUUCAAGAUUGUAUCAUAGUUCAUACUUAUGAUGUGUGCAUUUACUGCCUAUAGUAUAGCCCCAUGAGUGGAGAAUGUAUCAUUGUAAUUUAUCUGGAUUGAAUCUGGAGUCCUAAGUGAGUAUUUUGAUUGAAGAAGCAUGUGGUUUGAUUUAA